GACAAUAUAUGGCCAGAAUCAGCGCAGAUCAGACGCCUCUUUCAUCCUGCACUUGGCAUACGCAGCUGGUGCUGUACUAUGAUGCUCCAGUUGCAUAGCUCUUUCCCCGAUAGUACUAUUGAGGGACGGCCUGCGAUAGACAGGCUGUCCGUGACCAACAACUAUCGUUUGUUGAUUCCUUGAGACAACAACCCGAAUCUCCUUCCGGAAAUCGUCGAUAUGUCCGCCAAAUAUCUCGUCGUUUCCGUCCCCUCUUCCGUCGCACCUUCCGGUCAUAAAGAUGAUGCGAUCAGCGCAGUACAGAAAGCCGUGAGCCCGACGUACGGAGAUGUCUCAAACUUCAACAUUCCAGAUUUCAAAAUCGGCACACUAGACGCUUUACUUCAGCAGUCGGACGAGCUGGGAAGGCUGGAAGGUGUCUGCAACUCAGUUGUGAGCAAGGUCGGAGAUACACUCAAGAAUGUUCUGGACGGCGAUGAGGAGAAGAUCACAAUGCACAAGAAUGUCAAUGAUAAACCUCUAGAACAAUACCUAAGAAGUUUCUCAUGGAACAAAGUCAAGUACCGAGCGGACAGACCCCUAGCUGAGCUGAUCGACUUAUUACAAAAGGAAGCAAACUCGAUCGACAACGAUGUACGGUCGAAAUACAACCAAUACAACACUGUUCGCACCAAUCUCCAGACCCUGCAACGGAAACAGAUCGGCAACCUCUCUACGAAGUCGCUAGUGAGUAUCGUCUCUCCCGAUGUACUUGUCACCGACUCCGAACACCUCGAAACACAUCUUGUCGCUGUCCCGAACGCCAAUGUAAAGGAAUUUACGCGAUCCUACGAAACCGUUUCGCCUAUGGUCGUACCGCGGUCCUCUUAUUUCGUGGCAUCAGAUGACGAAUACACCUUGUAUGCGGUCACGACAUUCAGAAAACAUAGCCAGGACUUUCUCCAUAAAGUGCGGGAACAAAAAUGGAUACCGCGAGAUUACAAGUUCAAAGAAGGCGGAAAAGAAGAGGAGGCGAAGGAGCUGCAACGCGUUGAAGCCGAGGAGAAGAGAGUAUGGGGUGAAACGUUACGGCUGGGCCGGACAGGCUGGAGCGAAGGUGUGAUGUGUCUUGUACAUGUCGUUGUCCUGAGAGUAUUCGUGGAGACCGUGCUAAGAUACGGACUGCCGCUGGAUUAUGUUGCUGCUUUGGUCAAGACCGACACGAAACGCGAAAAGAAGGUCCGACAAGGGCUCGACGACGAAUAUGCAUAUUUGGCAGGCAAUGCUUUUGGAAGGGACAGUAAAGGCCGGCUCAAGAAAGAUGAAGGCCUGGGCGGAAACGAUGUGGCCACUGGCGGCGAGCAAGCCGAUUAUUCUGCUUACGUCUGUUAUGGUAUUGAUGUGGAAUGAUUGUGUAUCAGAUGGAUGGGAUAGACAACAAGAGUUGAUACGCAGCCAUGUUGCACUUUUCUCGAUUCGGCCUUCUAUGGUCUCAGCG